AUGAAUCUUAUUCAUGUAUCGGUGAAGUCUGAUGCAAGCAAAGUUCCUGGUUACAUUACCUUUGUUUACAAUGCACCAACUGAUGAGAGGAAAAUGAUGGUAUGGAACAAAAUGAGGAAUUUUGUUGCAAACAUAAAAAGUAGUUGGCUUUGUUUAAGGGAUUUUAACUAUGUCAUAGCAACAACUGAAAAAUUGGGAAAGCUGCCUGUCAAUGUCAGGAGAGUCCUAAACUUUCAUUGCAUAUUGGCAGACUGUGAGUUGUUGGAUUUGGGUUACCAAGGAUCUAAAUUUACUCGGAAUAAUAGGAGGCUUGGGGAGGAACAUGUGAAGGAAAGGCUUGAUAGAGCAGUAGCAAAUUGUGAAUUUAGAGAAAACUUUCAAAAUGCCUUGGUUACCAUUAUGGACCCUAUUGGAUCUGAUCAUCACUUACUCUUUGUGGACUGCGAUCAUAGAUAG